GAACGAACACGUUGAAAAAACUUCUCUUGUUGCGUUGUGCGAAGAAGUAGUAGGCAGCUAUCAGCACAAUUUUCGAUAAUAAUUCCGGAAUAUUAUAAUUUCGAAGUGUGCAACUACUCUAGCAAAUGCGUACAAGUGAUAUAAGUGCAGUGAAAACAGUAGAGGCAAAAUGUGAAAAGUGAAGUGAAAGAAAUGUUAUUAAUUUGAUACCUUUCUAUUUUCUACCUACAUCUUGAGCAACAAGAGAUUAAUAUACCCGCUUACAAUGCCGCUCGAUCAUGAUAUCUCGCUGUACGACAGCACUCCCGACUCAUUAUUCGACAUAUGCAUGGAUUUCAUCGUUGACAACUUGAAUACUAUGACAAAAUUAGAUCCUCCCAGCCGAUGGCGUAAACUGAAAGACGAUGUCAUAUUGCCAGCUGAGAUCUGCGAACGGUUCCUGAGCGCGUACCAGGCCACCAACCGGGUGAACGACAACAUCGCGAACCUGUUCCGCGACCGCUCCAGCACGCGCCUGCAGAGCGUGCGUCUGCGCAACUCGCGCAUCACCGACGAGGGCCUCAAGUGCCUGCUGGAGCACAAGCCCUACGAGGUCGAGCUCGUCCAGUGCGAAUAUCUCGCCCAAGGCUCUCUAGACAUCAUAAACAGUAACAGCGAAAAUCUUAUCUCUCUUAAAUUUGGACCGUUGACUACUAUUAUUUCACACGAUGAAAAUAUAUACAGACAGAGGGGCUAUAUAAUCAACGCACCCAAACUGAGGAGGCUGACGAUCCACUGCAGGAACCUGCCAAUAUUCCCGUUGCUGCUUCUGAAACCUCUGGCUUGUCUCACACACUUGGACUUGUCAGAGUGUUCUUCUUUGGGCUCUAUUUGGGCUCUCAGUGAAUUAAACAACUUAAUUUCCCUCAUCUUGUACAGUGUACAUUGGUCAAAAGAUAUCAUUGACUGGAUUACCACAUUAACAUCUCUGCGGCACCUUGAUAUAUCUCAAUCAUUUGAGAGACUGUGCAAGUAUCUGAAUCCAAAUGAUGUUUUGUCCAGGAUUGUGACAAGCUUGCCACACCUGGAGUCUUUGGAUAUUUCUGGAACUAACUUGGCUGGCUCCGGAGCUGCUACAGUAAUGACUGGAUCAAAUUCACAACAGCAAGUGCGUUGUGAUAUACCUGGUCUAGUGAGCCGUGUUGACCGUCCUUUGGAAUUCCUGGGCUUGUAUGGUACUCAACAUGGUGCUUGUAAACGACAUGACAUACCUGCCAAAAUGAUAUCUGGUGAUGCCAAUGAAGAACAAAUACUCAUAGCAGCUAUGGCAUACAUGGAGAGGCCAGCUAUGCUGACGCAUGCUCUCAACGACUUGUAUUACCUAUUCCGCUAUGAAAACAAUGCUUAUGUUGGAAGGGCAUUGUCCGUUGUACUCCUGGCUAUGGAUCGCCAUGUCUCAGAAAAGCACAUUCAAAUAUCUGGAAGUGCUACCUUAUUCUACAUUGUGAAAGGAAAAGAGAGGGAACGUAUUGGUAUUAAAUUGAAGAGGCGAAUAAUAACAGCUUUGCUUGAUGGCAUGGAGGCUCAUCUUGGUGAUGACACAAUGAUGAGAAACGGAUGUCUCACACUUUGCCAAUUUAAAAUUCCCACUGAUGUGCUCUUUGAGUAUGAGCGGGUAGUGCAGAUAUUGCUGAAUGGGGUAUCUGAUGUCAAUCAAGAAGGGUUUGUGCAGCGAAUUGCCAUUUAUUUGCUGAACUCACUGGCCUGCCAAGUCGACGGAAAGCAGAAGCGAUUCUUAGGAAAUCAUGGAGCUAUAAGUAAGAUGCUGAAUCUGAUCUCCGACCGGCUGGAGCGUCGCGUGUGUGACGACGUGCUGGAGGUGGCCUGGUCCACCAUGUGGAACGUCACGGACGAGACGCCGCAGAACUGCCAGCGGUUCCUGGAGAACCGCGGCAUGGAGUACUUCCUUGCCUGCCUCAAGAGUUUCCCCGACAAAGAAGAAUUGCUUCGCAACAUGAUGGGGUUGUUGGGCAACGUCGCUGAGGUGGCCGAGCUGCGGCCGCAUCUCAUGAACAAGCUCUUCCUCACUGUGUUCUACGACUUAUUAAACUCCUCCAGUGAUGGAAUUGAGGUGAGCUACAACGCGGCUGGCGUGCUAGCUCACAUGGCAUCCGACGGUCCGCGGGCUUGGACAGUGGACGAGCCGUCGCGCGACGCGGUUCUGGCGCGCGUCGCCGCCGCCGUGGAGCGCUGGGACCUCAAGUCGGAGAGGAACAUCAACUACCGCUCCUUCGAGCCGAUCCUGAGCCUGCUGCACGCGCACCACACCCCGCAGUGCCAGCACUGGGCGGUCUGGGCCUUGGCCAACUUGACCACGGUCUACCCCGACAAGUACUGCAGCCUCAUGGAGUCGGAGGGCGGGCUGAAGCUCCUCAGCGACCUGCUGGUCCACCCGUCCCCGUACAAGCUCAUCAAGGACCUGGCUCGCACCGUCAUCGCCAACUGCGCGCACUUCGCCGCACGCUCGGACGCCGGCCCUCCGUCCCCCGGGGCUAUGGACAACUAACUAAUGGAGUACUUCGAGGAUAUCUAUCCUCUGAUGCGCGAAUAGCUGCAGUGUAUCAGGCUCUUCACAUACGCCAUCACCAUCAUGUGCAUCGGACUCACCGCCGCGAUGUUCUACCUUAUCAUGUACGUGUAGUGAAAAGUCUGAGCGGUUACGCAUCAAGGACAAUGUGAGUACAAACGUUUUACGAAGUGCACUCGCGAACUAUGUAACUGUUAUAGUACAAUAAGCCAAGGUAAGGGUUAAUAUUUUCCCGACGACUCAAAAUUAUAGCAACUAUUUGCAGCUAAUAAAAUAACUAGGAUUGUAUCUAAUUAUUUCGGCGACAGUUUAAUUAGCCUCGAAACUGGGCUAUUUUAAAAAUUUUAAUGACGGUGACUUUAUUAUUAAGGCCAUGAUUUCCCAAAUUGUCGAUAUUUGACCGAUU